UUCCAUUUUCAUUUUCCUCGUUUCCCAAAACACCCCUUUUCUGUUACACGCCUUUCUGAGCACUCUUCAGGCUAGUCCAGACGGUUUCCAGCGCACAAUUUCGAGUAUUAAUGAAUGGAAGGUGAGUGGGUUGAGGAGGUAACGGAGACGAUGGAGGUAGGUGUCGAAGCAGGUGAUUCGGAAAAUGGCAGGGCCAAGGUUCGGGGGCCGUGGUCGGCGGCGGAGGACGCGGUUUUGACGGAGCUCGUGAAUAAGUUUGGUCCGAGGAAUUGGAGCUUGAUCACCGCCGGAAUUCCCGGGAGGUCUGGGAAGUCGUGCCGCCUCCGCUGGUGCAAUCAGCUCAACCCCUCCCUCACGCGAAAGCCGUUUACUGAUGAAGAAGAUCGUGCAAUUCUAGAAGCACAUAAAGUACAUGGAAAUAAAUGGGCAUCAAUUGCGAAACUUCUUCCCGGGAGAACGGAUAAUGCUAUUAAAAACCACUGGAAUUCUACUUUAAGGCGUAUGCAUUUGAAAUCAAGACCAGAAUCUGGCCAGAAUUGCAUUACAGAGUUUACGAUGGGAUCAUCUGAAGCAACUUCUUCAGGUCCGGCUCUCACGUUAUUCAGUCCCUCAGAAGAAAUGGACAUAUGGUCAAUGGAAAAUCAGCCAAAGAAUUCAGAAAACGAAGCUGAGACCCCUACAAACUGUUCUCUCGAACUACCACCACCAUUCUUAUCUGAUGGGGUCUCGAAGUCAUUCAGAUACUCAGAGACAGUGGAGUCAACAAUGAUGGAGAAUGAACUGAAACCGUUUAAAGAUGUAGCUCGAACUACGAAAAGCUCUGGUGCUAGAUAUAAUCCAUCCAUUGCUGAAGCAAUUUCUCACUCUGCUGAAGGGGACCAUCAAAAGGGCUCUCAUCCUUUUCAUAAAGUUGGAGCAUUCACUGCCUGUAAUUCUUCUAUCCGUGAGGCUACAUUCUCGAGGACAGUCCCAGGCCAGGGGUCUCUGGUUCUAGUCCAACCAGAAUACGACAUAUUGAAGUUUAUUGAUAGCAAAUUUGAUGAACCUUUAAUUCCAAUGCGAUGUGGCCAUGGCUGCUGUGAAGCAUCUUCAAGAGACAGCUCAUUGCUGGGGCCAGAAUUCAUGGACUAUGAAGAAUCUUCCAAUUUUUCGAGUCCUAACUUGACUUCACUUGCUACUGAUUUGUCCAGUAUUACUUCGAUUAGAAGAGGUCUUGAGAAUGCUGCGGAGGUACGUGCUCUUGCCAACGAUCAAAUAGCAAAUCUGGGAACCUCUCUCUGUGCGUGAACAUGGAAAUGGGUUAAAAGCAGAGUGACGAUGAAACAUUGAUAUUCAGUUGAUUUUGUUGAUUUGGAAAUUGGCAUAGAACUCAACACCUUUUGGAGAAAUUUCUAUAAGCUAGAAUGUGUAAAUAGGCAAGCUCUGUUACCGUUGUCUAAUAUAUUCAAGAAGUUUUGCUAAUUAGUAAGUAAUUGCUCUAUUAGUUUAA